AUGCCGCCACGACUCCCCGGGAAGCUGCUCCAGCUUUCCCUGUCCCUGCGGGACAUCCAAUUGACCGUGCCUCGUGUCCCUGUGCGGACAUUUGGCAUCCGGUCCCUCAACCCGCCCAAGCCCAGCCGCUUCAACAAUAACCCCGGCCUGCCCGUCCUCGAGUCCACAUCGACCGCGGCUCUCCGCCGCAAGGCCAACUCACUGCCCCUCCGAACUGGUGCCAUCGGUAUCAAGAAGGGCAUGACUGCCAUCUUCGACGCUGAGACCGGCAAGCGCAUUCCCUGCACCGUCCUGCAGCUCGACCGCGUUGAAGUCGUCUCCCACAAGACCCGCGAACAGCACGGCUACUUUGCUGUCCAGGUCGGCGCCGGCUGGAAGCACCCCAGCAACAUGCCCAACUCCCUGCUCGGCCAUUUCUCCGCCAACGGUAUCUCGCCUAAGCGCCACGUCUUCGAGUUCCGCGUCAAGGAUGAGUCGGGCCUUCUCCCCGUUGGCCAGAGCAUUCACGCCAACUGGUUCCAGGAGGGUCAGUAUGUCGAUACUCGGUCGAACACAAAGGGCAAGGGCUUCGCGGGUGUUAUGAAACGCCACGGCUUCCAUGGACAGGACCGCAGUCACGGUGUGAGUUUGACGCACCGUUCGAUGGGUUCCGCAGGCCCCAGUCAGGGUGGUGGUUCUCGUGUGUACCCGGGCAAGAAAAUGGCUGGAAAUAUGGGCAAUACGCAGAAUACGGUCCAGAACCUGAAGAUCCUCAAGGUGGAUACCGACGCCGGACUUGUGGUUGUGAGCGGUGCCAUCAGUGGUCCGAAGGGCUGCGUUGUGCGGAUCCAGGAUGCGAUCAAGAAGCCGUGGCCAGAAAUUGCCUCGGCCGAGCCCGUCGCUGCGGCUGCGGCGUGA